AUGUUCAACAUCAAGGCGCAACUUCUCGCCCUCGGCCUUAUGGCGUCCCUAGGAGAGGCCAAUACGCAUGACCUGGGCUUCGGAGAGAUCGAUCUGAUCUUCCCACGAAAUGGCACCUUUGAGCCGAUGGUGCUCAUGCCCGUCAUCUUUGCAUUCCAGAACCCUAGAGUGAUUGAUGGACUCUAUCCAUACCUCAGGUGGGGUGUUUGGCCGGCAGAUCUCCCAAAGGGGAAUCAAUCAAUGGCCGCCUAUAUUGAUGAUGGUGAGUUUCACCUCAAUACGACGGACGCGGUGUUAUACCUUACGAGUAGCAUACCAAGCACUCUGCAUCCCGAGGAUCUAAACACAGAAAAUGAAUGGGAAUUUGGAAUCACUUCCGGCGAUAAUCCCAUGGUCAACUUGAACGGCCCCUCCGAUGCCCAUUCCAUUCGCUUCACUACGAAAAAAGGGGCCGGUCAGCCCAAUUUGACCGCUCUUACUGCCGAUGACAAGUGCGAUGACAUCUCCGCUACGGCAUUCAACGUCACGAAAAUUCUCAUAGCUCAAUCGGGCUAUUAUCAAGGCGAUAAAUGCGCCGUGCUCGAGACUCCGGCGCCUACUCCUUCUCCUUGCAAGGUCAGCAUCGUUCCUUCGGCUGCCUCGAGCAUAGCAGCUGCCAUUACCGCAGCUCAGUGCGAGGGCAUUGACCCUGUUGUGAGCUGCCCACCUAAGAACGGCGGGGCUGCUAUCACCGAUAUGGCUUCUUCGCUGAAAUGGUGGGCUGCUGGUGUAUUGAUUAUGGGAACGCUCUUGGCUUAG